AUGCCCAAGGCUGCCUUGGUCAUCGCGCGGUAUGGGCCGUACAGUGCUGUUGGCCUGUCCGUGGAGCACCGCACCUUCCGCCUGGAGGGCCUGCUCGCUGUGUUGGCGGAAGAUGGACACCAGGUCAUCCUAGAGAAGGUGGAAGACUGGAACACGGUAGAACUCGUGGUGAAUGAGGAAGUUGUCUUCCACUGCAACAUCAAAGACUUGGAGUUUGGAGGUGAUGGUAAACUAGACCCACUGUGCAAAGAGGCCAGGAUAGCCGUGCUAAACGCCUGCUGAUCUCCUCAUCGGGACAGGCCUGUCAAGUCAACAGAACAACAGCUGUCUCCGGCUAUCCUGGGAUGCAAACAAAAGCGGCCAUUCUGGGCCUGGA